AUGGCAGAAAUAACAAUAUCAAUUGAAAAUGAAAAUUUCAUUCAAGUAAAUUUACAACCAGAUCAAACAGUUGAAGAUCUAAAACGUAGAGUAGAAUUUGAAACCACAAUUUUAGUGAACAAUCAAGUUUUAACACUUGAUGGAAAAGUAUUAGAUAAUGAAAAGAAAUUAUCAGACUAUUCAAUUAAAGGUGGUGAUUUCUUAUUGAUAACAAAAAAUGUUUUAAGAGCACCACAACAAAGAUCACAACAACCCCAACAACCACAACAACCACAACAACCACAACAACAACGUCAACCACAAAGAGAUCCUCUCAAUUCACCACAAGAUAUUUUAGACCACUUUACAAACAAUCCUGAAGACUUAACUCAAGUUAUAAAUUCAAAUCCAGCAUUAGCAAAUGCAAUCUUAAGUAAAGAUAUGAAAUUCCUUACUCACUUUGUAGAACAAAUCAAAGAACAACGUCGUAUUCAAGAAUUGGCAUUAAAAGAUCCAUAUGGUGAAGAGUAUCAAAAAUUAGCUUAUCAACAUAUUCAACAACAAAAUAUUGAAAAAAAUAUGCAACAUGCUAUGGAACAUACACCUGAAGUAUUUGCCUCAGUUUAUAUGUUAUAUAUUGAAUGUUCAAUUAAUGGACAUCCAUUAAAAGCUUUUGUAGAUACAGGUGCCCAACAAUCUAUUAUGUCUGAAAAAUGUGCCGAAAGAUGCGAAAUUUCAAGAAUUAUUGAUACUAGAUUUCAUGGUAUUGCUAAAGGUGUGGGUACAUCAAAAAUUAUAGGUAGAGUUCAUAGUACAGACUUAAAACUUGGCAACUCUUUAUUCUCUGUAUCAUUAUCUAUCCUUCAAAAUCAAGAUGUUGACUUCAUCCUUGGUUUGGAUAUGUUAAAGCGUCAUCAAGUCAUUUUGGAUUUAAAUAGAGGUGUAUUACAAAUUGCAAAUGAAAAGAUUGAAUUCCUUCAUGAAAAAGAUUUAAAGGAGAUUUUAAAUAAAGAACAAAAUGAUUUAGAAGAAGAUACUAAAAAAGCAACUGCUAAUAGUCUUUCACCUUCAACAACUUCAACCACUACCACUACCACUACCACUACUUCACCCCAAACUCCAACUAAUGCCACUUCUCCUGUAAAUAAUAAUAAUAAUAAUAAUAACAACAACAACAACACUAGACCUCCAAUUAAUUCACCACCAGUUGCAAAGACACCGCAACCAACACCACAACCAACUACAAAUCAAUAUGCUUCUGAAUCCAAUAUCCAAACCCUUAUUGGACUUGGUUGUUCAAGAGAUAAGGCAAUUAGACUUUUAACUCAAGCUAAAGGCAAUGUUGAUGUUGCUGCUUCUAUGUUCUUUGGUUAA